AGUGAGGCAAGGAAUUGUUUUCAAUACGAAAUGAACUAAAGCUGAAUGUUUUUCUCGGCUUAUUUUAUAAAUUAGCUGGACUAUCAAAUCUAAUCGUGUUUCCUAUGGGAAAAAUUCAGAGCUUUUCAAUGAAAAUGGUCGCUCAAAUGUUUUAGAGUUUUUGGGAUGUAUAAAUAAUGGCCGAUAAUAUGGAUGCUGAAUUUCGACGGCCUAACAAAAUUCUACGUGGAUUUUCCAUGGUUGAUCAAGAAAUAGUGUCAAAACUUCACGAAGAUAUUAAAUCGAAAGGGCAGGAGAAGCAUGAAAUUGCUUGUUAUAAUUUUACAUUGCCAGAUUUGUCUCAGUUCGAGGACGAUUUUGCCGCAUUCUUAAUGAAGGACCUUGUGGAAAAUGCAACUUUAAAAUCGCUUGAGGAAACAGGUCAUCUAAACUGGUGGACAAAAGAGUCGUGCUUGCAACGGUUGUAUCCCCUUUUGACCUGUGGUGAUGGCAAUUGUCUACUACAUGCUGCCUCUCUAGGAAUAUGGGGCGUCCAUGAUCGAUGGUUGAACCUACGGCAAGAUGUUCAUCAGAUGUUAUUAUCAAGUUGUUUUCAGGAUACUUUGAAACUUCGCUGGUUGUGGUAUGUUUGGGUGAAGAAUCUUCAAGAGGGACUAAAUUUUAAUGAGGAAGAGUGGCAAGCGGAAUGGAAGGCUGUGCUUGACAGGGCUAACUCUGAACCUGUGACAACCAAACGUCUUGCAACUGUAAAUGAGGGAGAUGCUGCUGCAACUGUAAAUGAAAGUGAUGAUCUUGAAAACUCUGGUUUGUCAAAGAGGGUCAGUAACAGUUGGCAGCCUCAUUACGAGAGUCUUGAGGAGGUGCACAUUUUUUCUCUUGCGCAUGUGCUACGUCGGCCAAUCAUAGUUGUCGCUGAUAGUUGGGUAUACGACUUUGAGGGCCGUCCAUUGGCUCCUAUUCCUUUCGCGGGCAUUUACCUACCCAUUGAAUAUGAGCCCGCAGAAUGUUGCCGUUCGCCGUUAGUGCUAGCUUUUUGCUCGUCACACUUUUCGCCCAUUGUGGCUACCGUACCAUCCAAACUGCGAGCCAAUGGAAACGGUGUAUGUACUAGUUCAAAUGAUACCAGCUCAGAAAGUGAUUCUUCCGCAAAAUCGGAGAGCGAAACAAAGAAAUCUCGAAAUGGACAUUCCCGAACAGCAUCAAUUACAAACUCUGUCAUUCAAAAUGCGAUGUUUUCGUUGUACGACAUGACUAAAUCAACCCUUCAUGCGGCAAAAUCGUUUAUUUCCCCUCCAAUAAAAGAUAUAAAUGCGGGCAUACCAAUUGUAAACAAAGACUUGGAUAUUUUAUCAUUGCCGUUUGCCGUCAAACCAGACAUGAACUGGAAUUAUCUUGAUUCCGAAAGCAGCGAAAACAUUGUUAGUAAAAAAUCCCUUAGUGAGGAGGAAAGAUUGGCUCUAGUGAAAAAAUAUCUUGACGUAGUUGAAAUUGAUCUAAACAGAACAAAAUUACGGGAAACUGAUUCUUCCCACCCAAACGCCACCGAAACUAAAUCUAAUGCAAAUGGCGAUUCUACGCCUAACAAUGGCGAAACACCGCAAAAGAUACCGGUCGUUGUAGUCCCUUGCGAAAACCAACCGACUUUUUACGACGAAGUGAUGUCAAGGUAUUUAAAAAAUGCGAAGGAACGAUUUGAUUUUGAAGAAAAGACAAGAGUAAUUACGCCUCAACAGCAAGAACGUUUAAAAUGUAUGAGUGAAGGUUGCGAUUUAUACGGCACUGUCGAAAAUAGCUAUCUGUGUUCUAAUUGCUAUAAAAACCAGUUCGAAUCGCUUGUGAAUUUAACAAAAUCUUCAAAUUCAUCUCUCACGCCGCCUUCCCAUGCCGAAGCGACAGGCGAAUUAUCGACCAAUAUAAUGGGCCAAUCGUCGAACAGUUCUGGUAACGAAACUCCAAAAACAUUGAAGGAAAUUUCUGCGCAAUGUCCAACUCCUGGUUGCGAAUUCUUCGGUUCCCCGAACACAAAUGGCUUCUGCUCGAAGUGUUUUAAAGACAAAAACCCACAGAAAUGAGUGAGUUUGACCGGCUUCUCCUUGUUUACUUGCUUCUAGCGCAUCGCUUUUACUCGUUUGCAAUAUUUAUUUUACAUCGAAUCAAUCAGUGUAUGGUAGAUUGUGUCUGGAAAUGCACGACUCCUUUCGUUCUAUUCUUCAAAUAUUCAUUGACAUAAAUUUAGCAGAUCAACUAGUUACGUUCAUACAAAAUAAAUGCAAUUUAAUAUACAAUUUAAAAGAAUAUAAGCAGAAUUUUUAUGAGGUAAAAGAAGUUUCCAAAUUUGCAGACUGUCAAACGUUCAUAACUGUCUUUAAAAAAGUUUGACAGUAAUUUCAUCAUUGCUCUAACCCAAUGAUUGGACGCAUAGAUAACUAGAUAAUUAAAAUCCUAUCAGAAGAUUA